AAACAAUAGGAGAACCUGUUGGAUUGAUUGGAGAUUUAUUUGUGGAUUAUUUACUUGGAUACCACUUACAGUAUUAAAGUUGAGCUGAGUCUAUACGGCAUCAGAACAAUCUCGACAUUUUGCCAGGAAAGACGAAUCAAAAUAGAAGAAUUUAACUUCAAAUUGGAAACUUUUACAUCUUUUUGGUGUUGAGUUUGGAGUUUGAAUUGCUCAUUCAUAUUUGGAAUAGAGAAAUAAACUGAGAAUGGGUUGUAAUAGCAGCAAAAAUGUGCAAGUUGCACCAGCAAUGAAACCUGCCACAUGGACAGAAGAACCUAAAACUCAAAGUCGACCAAAUUCAACAAAGUCAAUAAAAGUGAAAAGCACAAAGAUUGAAGCAUUCGAAGCUUCGGAUGAUGAAGGCAUAGAAGAGUCUGUAAAACUUGAUAAGAAAAAGAAGAAAAGAGGACUUAACAAAUCACUUGCCAGUCUUGGUUCAAAUGGCUCUCGUGGAUCAUCUGAUCGUGGAUAUUCUGCUACUUCAAAAUCAUCGAAACAUUCCACCGACUCUGGGUUUGAUGAUGAGGCAUAUGCAAAUGUUAUUACAGAAGAUAGUGAUCCAACUAAAGUAUCCAGUAUUGAGGAAGACUUUGGUGAUGAAAAGGAACUCUUAGAUUUUGGUCUUGUUGGACAAAAAUGUGAACAGAGACUGAGUGCUAAAGACAAAUCCAGAAUGGAAGAACAGAGAAUAAUGGCCUCACUUAGAGAUGAAGGUCUUAUUGCACGUCCAAAGUCACGAGCUGCUGGAGGCAUGUCCUUUGAGAUCAUAUCUGAUGGACCUGAUCCGAAUGCAUUGAAACGUCCAUUAAGAUUAGCCAAAUUGGAGAGAAGAAAAAAGAAGAAAGAAUUAACAGCUGAAGAAAUUGCUGCCAAAUUAGAAAAAGCUGAAAAACGAAGAAAGGAAAAAGAACAAGAAAAAAUAGAAACUAUUAAAGCAGUAACAAACAAAAGUGAUGUUUUAACAGCAUUGGACAGUUUUGAAAAAUCUCAAAAAGACAAAGAAGAAGUAAUAGAGAAAAAAAUUGACUCUCACCAAGACAAACGUGAAAAACAUCUUAAAGAGAUGAGAGAUAAAUUGAAAGCUAAACAAGCACAUGCUGAGAAAGUGCGACAGAGGAAAAAACUUGCAGUAUUGACCCCCCACCCUGAUUCUGAUUUGGCUCGCGAAGGAACACCUAUCGCAUAAUAAACCAACACUUUGUGGUGUAAACUUGCCAAUAUACCAGUGAGGAUUCUCAGCAUUAUAUACAAACACUUUAUCUCAGGAUGUAAAACUUAGAUGAUGAAGCAGUAAAGACAUUGUGCCCUGGAGGCAUGUAUUUUUUAUAGACACUGUUUAAAAUGAAACUUCCUUAGAAAGUAUUGAAGGAGGUUGAUAUUUUUAUAGUUUUCAAUUCUUCAAAAAUGCACUGCUAGGCUAUGUGUUAAUUUGUAGAAUGAUUUGGUUUAUCUGAACUGCUGGACUUUAAUCAGAAAACUGAAGUCAAUUUAGAAAUUUGUUAUCUAGCCCAGGAUUCUUGUAAUAUGUAGAACUCCUGUGAACUGCUGAUAUCUGUAAACAGGUAAAUGUACAAUAAUUUAUCUUCAUUGGAAUUUUGUACAUGGUGCUCAAUACAAUAUUUUAUAAUUAACUUGAUAAGUUGUAUCAACUGAAGACAAUCUGAUGAUGUAUGUAGUGGUAUGUUAAAACAUGUGAAAUCAAACCUGUGUAUGAUUAUGAUUGAUUGUUUAUACAUCAGUAUAAUAUUAAAUGCUUAUAAAAGAAAUAAAACAUAUGAAAUAAAUAUUAUAUUAUCA